AUGAUGGGAAAAGAAGUCGAAGAUUAUGUGGAUGACCUUGUGGUGAAGUCCAAAACCAGAGAAGGCCAUCAAGAAGUUUUGAGGAGAGUGCUGGAAAGGUGUCGGCUGUACGGUUUUAAGAUGAAUCCAAAGAAGUGUGCGUUCGGGGUUUCAUCCGGUAAAUUCUUGGGGUUUCAAGUACACCAGCGUGGCAUAGACGUGGAUCCUGAAAAGACUAAAGCCAUAAAUUCUCUUGCACCGCCUAAAAACCCAAAAGAAUUGAAAAGCUUUAUGGGAAGAUUAUCGUAUAUUCGACGCUUUAUCCCAGGUCUUGCUGCCACCAUGAGUGCUUUUACUCCAUUGCUCAAGAAAGGCAAGCCGUAUGAAUGGAGUGAGAAGUGCCAAGAAGCUUACAAGAAAGUGCAACAAAUAAUCACCAAGCUGCCCACUAUGAAAGCACCUAUUCCGGGGCUUCCCUCUCAAGCUUUAUUUGGCUGCAACAAACACAGCGGUGGGGGCUUUGCUUGCUCAAGAUGA